AUCCACAUAAUCUUAUUUAUUUAUAAUAACAAAUAUCUAGCUCGUUUCCACAAAAGCAAUAAACACACAGUACUAUACAACAAUAAUAUUCAAUAAAAUUUCCUAAAAACUAGAUAAAACCAAGCAAAAUUAUAUCAAGGCUUCUGGAACUGCUGUGCAGAAAGUUGGAGAUUUGGGCAGGUGCCAUGCAAGGCAACAGUUUAAAGGUGUAGGACCCAAAAUAUCAAAAUCCUGGUCAGCCUUAUUGCCAGCCUCUACUUUCGUUAAACACUGAAAAGCUGACCAUACUGAAAACAACUCUUUCAUAAAUAAAGUACAGUCAUACCUUGGUUCUCAAAUGCCUUGGUACUCGGGACGAUUUGACUCCCGAACACUGUAAACCCGGAAUUGUGUGUUCUGAUUUGCAGACGUUUUUCAGAAGCUGAACGUCCAACACAGCUUCCGUGGCUUCCGACUGAGUGCAGGAAGUUCCUGCAGCCAAUUGGAAGGUGCGCCUUGGUUUUCAAACCGUUUCUGGAGUCAAAUGGACUCCUGGAAUGCAUUAAGUUUGACAACCAAGGUACGACUGUACAGUAUAAAGAAAAGUGAACGCUAACUACACUGACUAUUAUUUGCUUCUGGUUCUUAUAAGGCAGCAGUCACCAACCCAGUGUGCCCACGAGGGCUUCCAGUGGUGCCCCAGGAAAGUGCCUCAGACUCUGAGCUUUCAUUUUUAAAAAGUAAGCCUCUAGCGCUCCUAGAAAGAAAAUUACAGGGCAAAAUAUGCAGGUACCUUUUAAGCAAUUUCUGUGAAAUGAGGGUGGUGUAGCUACCUUGUAUAUUUUUCCUGGUUCUGAGGAACGCUUGCUGUUGUUAUUAGACAGCAGCAGCAUCCAUUCUGUACAUUGGCACAAUACUGAUAUGGUGAUUUUUAGAACCACCUACAGUACUUCAGAAAUAUAGCUCUUCAAUGCUACCAACAGUACUGUUAGGAAAUCAUUCUGAAAAUCUAGCACACACAGUGAUAUAUAGAGGUUUACUAGCUUCAUAAAUGAUUAAAGAGCUCCUGUUUUUAAAAUUAGGGUUCCUUGCAGACAACUAGCCUACUCUCUUAUUAAAAGUAGUGUGAAUAGGAAACAAUCACUCUCAAAAAUAGCAAGUCAGAAACAUUCAGAGAAUCAAAACAUGUCCCUUAACUAAGUCACUAUUACCUUUAGAUUUUUUUGUUUGCAAUGUUUCAUACUCUUAUAAUGUGGCUUAAUGUUGUUUUAAUUUGGAACUUGCUAACUGGCUUGAUAAUGCCUCUCCCAAAAUCAGUGAGCUUUAUCAGUGAUCAAAUAUGGGUAGAUUGUAUCCUAAAUAUCUGCAAUAUUAAAUAUUUUAUAAGACUUCUACUAUUUUAUUAGUUUGAUAAGGUUUAAUUACUAAAAAUUAUAACAAUGAAAUUGUAUAUAAUGUACCCUUUCCUAUAAUCAGGAAGCUCAACUAUGUGACAUAACGGCAAAUAGGAAUAAACCACUGUCAAAAUGACAAACUAGAUUUAGAAUACAAGAUAGAUCCUGUUUAUACAAAUAGUAACUCAAAAUAUGGCUUAGUGACGGAACCAUCUAUUCAGUUCCCCCACAGAAAAAAAACAAAAUAUUAAGAAAAUAAAGCUUUCAGAGGCACCUGAAGUCUGUUGUCUAUAAAAACAAGGUGCCUUAAUCAACAAGUCUAAUCGUCAUUAAAUGAAGCCUUCAUACGAUAAGAGCUCAUAUCACAACCAACAACAUGGUUUCCUUAGUAGCACUAAAGGUCUUCUGCUCUUAAUACUGCUGACUAACAUCACCUUUCUUCUAGAAUUUGUCUCCAUUCCGCAAGACUGACUCUGGCACUUGUCAGCAGCAUUUAUGGAGAUAUAAGUGACCCAGAUGACUUUGGGUUUCUGUUGAAAACGCCCCCACCCUAAAGUCAUCAAAAUAAACUGAAAGACACGGUAACCAAACUAACUUCCCGUAUUAGAUUCUGUGCUAUAAUCAACUGCAGCCACCAGGACCAAAUAUUUAUAUUUUCUAUAUACGUGAUACCAUGCUGCUACACUGCAUUUUCCUAAUCUUGUGCAAGUUAAAGAACGCGUUGGGGGGGUGGAUUAUGAGUGGUCUGCUAGGCACUGAACAAAAAACACCCCUAAUACUUUGCCAAGAUGCUUUAUAAAAGUAUUUAUUCCCUGGUAAUGCCAACAUGUCAGCUCUUCUGACGCUGGGGGGGGGGGGAGUGCAUCUUCAGAUAAAUGCAAGUUUUCAUCUUCUUCAAUAAUUUCCCUCAAACUCACAAUUUCUGUCGCCAGGGGGAAAAGCAACUUUUUGAAAGCAGCUUACUUUUGCCAAUGCCAGUUUCAGCUGGCCUACAAGCAGCUCUAGAAAGCUCAAAGCAAUGUGGCCUUGGUUAAAAGCUCAUGUCCACGGAAAGCACCCUCUAAAUCUCUAACAAGAAAGAAGAAUGGAAAAAACAAACACACCACAGACUCCUUACACCUCCCAAAGAAUUCUGUUUUACUGGAAAGCUUGCUUAUGCCUCAUGUUAUCAACAAGCACACGAUAAACCACAGAACAAUUGCAGGUUUCUUUGUCUACACUUUGCAGUCUCCCGGAAAUUUGAUCCUAAAAUCUUUAGGGCAGGAAAUGUUUUGCCUAGACGCUGACUUAGGAGUAUGCCCCACUGAAUUUACUACUCCUACCAAACAUGCCCAGGCCAUGCAACUCUUAAGAUCCUCCGCUGCAUAGCUGUCAAAAUGCUUUUUAAAUCACUCCCAGAAACUCAGGGUACUAAGGAAAGGGACCAUUGCUAUAGAAACAGAACUUUGGAACUGCAGCCGCUGCAGUUCCGCAGCAAGACUGCCCGCCCUUCUCUCUCUCCCCAUAGCAAUACAGAAGUGCGACUUUUAUCCGGCAACCCCGCUCGGCAAGCGUCGAAAGUGCGCCUGAGAGCCCAGCAUGGAGGUUCCUGGCGAGGUGGGCGGCGCUUGCGCGCCUCUUGAACCGGUUACACUAUUUGCAUCAUCGUCGGCGCUGUCAUUGCCUCGGCAACGGCGGCAGCGGACGGAACAGAACGUUUCUCUCCGAGCUGCAGAGCGCUCUUCCUUUUCUCCCGCAACAGGACGGCAGCAGGAGCGGUUCCCUGCUUUUCAGAGCGGCUCCACCACGCGGCCGCCCGUCUUAAGUGGGUCACUUGCCGCUCUCGCUAGUUUCGGAAAAACAAAAGAACAAAACAGACCCGCCCCCCCCUCCUUUGCACGCAUCAAAAAAGGCCACAGAUAUAUUCCAAAAGCGAGACCUGGAAGCGGCUAAACAUAAAAAGGCCUUCGCACAGAAUGUCCUUGUGCUGGAACAGCAGCUUGAAACCCUUCAAGUCACAUCACGUGGAAGGUUUUCCUCGUCAACCAGGAAGGCUGCAAGCAAAAUUAAAGUGAAGAUCUUCAAAAUCAUCACAGGGCGAGUCAAAACUACCAGCAGCUGGUCUUCUAACGUUCUUAAAAGGCUCCUAACAACGCACUGGAUCGACGACCUUACCUCCUUGCGUGGCGUUCAUUUGUUUUUCAUCUUGAACUGUUCAGGACAUAUUUCGCAAGGUCAACCACGUCGCCUCUUCCAACAUACUGCAGAUUCCUGGAGCGUCAUUCCAGUAGACCUCUCCUUUCCUCCGCCUACAUGCAGUUUUAAGUUACAGGUCCCCCUUGUAAUUAUCAAAUCUACUUCCUUGCGUGCCAGUUCAUCGCAAGCCUCCGGUAAUGAGAUUUUGCACAAACCUUACCCGGCGACUCCAUCCAAACGAGGCGCAGGCAUGUUUUGUUUACGCGCCUCUCCUGGCUUCUUCGCUGGCUCCCUCCACUGUUCCGCAAUGCAAACUGCGUCAGAUGACGAUCAAGGUCUCCUUUUUCUAUGCCGCCUACUUGCUGUAUUCAUUUCUGUCUUGUCUUUUUAAAGCAUGUCCAUGCGUGGAGGCGAAGAUGUACCGCUCUUCAGCAAGUACACUCCGACCCCGCUAAGCACAAGAACUUCCUGCCUCCCACCAUUCUGAGUGUGCUUGUUUCAGGAAU